AAUCUGUUCGUAGAUCGUUACUGUUGGAUGAACCGGUAUAUUUUGACCGUGAGACUGACGAAAGCAGAUAUUGCUCGCCUGCAAAACCUUUGCCUGUGGGCAGUUGAUUUUGGAGAAUCUGAAGAGAGCAGAAUUCUUUGGAGGCUUUGAAUCACCGUCGCGGUUUCAAUCCCAAUUUCUAUAGGCUGUUACUUUGUUCUUCUUCAAUGGGAGCGAGUCGAAAGCUCCAAGGUGAGAUUGAUCGAGUAUUGAAGAAGGUUCAGGAGGGUGUCGACCUCUUCGAUAGCAUUUGGAACAAGGUUUACGACACUGACAAUGCGAACCAGAAAGAAAAGUUCGAGGCAGAUUUGAAGAAGGAAAUAAAGAAACUCCAGAGGUACAGAGACCAAAUUAAGACAUGGAUCCAGUCCAGUGAAAUUAAGGACAAGAAGGUUAGUGCCUCUUAUGAGCAGGCUCUGAUGGAUGCUCGGAAGCAAAUUGAGCGUGAAAUGGAACGAUUCAAAAUAUGUGAGAAAGAAACAAAGACCAAAGCAUUUUCGAAAGAAGGCUUAGGCCAACAACCAAAGACGGAUCCAAAGGAAAAGGCUAAAUCAGAGACAAGAGAUUGGUUGAAUAAUGUGGUUGGGGAGCUGGAAAAUCAAAUUGACAUAUUUGAGGCUGAACUGGAGGGACUAACUGUCAAAAAAGGGAAAACAAGGCCACCAAGAUUGAUUCAUUUGGAGGCAUCCAUUGUUCGACACAAGGCCCAUAUAAUGAAGUUAGAGCUGAUCCUGAGAUUGCUGGAUAAUGAUGAGUUGAGCCCAGAACAAGUCAAUGAUGUUAAAGAUUUCCUGGAUGACUAUGUGGAGCGCAAUCAGGAGGACUUUGAUGAGUUUGAUGAUGUAGACGAGCUUUAUAGCUCCCUACCAUUAGACAAAGUGGAAUCUCUUGAAGAACUAGUCGUCAUUGGCCCCCCUGGGCUUGCCAAGGGCCUUACUGCUGCUAGUGCCACAUUAAGCUUGAAAUCAUCUAUAGCUGCAUCACCUGGUCAAGUAUCGGCAGCAGUAACAUCUUCUGUCGAACAAGGAGGUUCUACUCAGGAGCAAGCAGAGGAUAUUGCUACCGAGGAUAGUGCGUCUGACAUGGUUGCCCGGACCCCACCUUCUAAAUCUGGUGUGGUUGGCUCUUCUGCUCCAACAACUCCUUCAGGCAGCUAUGUGAUUCCCAGUGCUACCAUUUUGUCCCCUAGGAACGUAGCUAAUGCCACAAAAGAUGAGGAGAUACCGGGUUUCCCUGACCGGAAACCUUCACCAGCAAUUUCUGAAAGUGGAUUACGAAGUGUUAGUAGAGGUGGCCUCCCUAGUCAGCCUGCAGUUAAUAUUUUGCUUGGCUCAAGUAGUUCAACUUCCACCAAUGGUACUCUUGGUGCUAUUCCUUCUUCUCCUGAAGUAGCAAAGAGAAAUAUUUUAGGAUCAGAUGAAAGACUUGGGACUGGUGGGGUUGGACAGCCUCUAGUUUCCCCCUUGGCCAACAGAAAUAUCUUGUCACAAACUACUAAGUCGAGUGAUGUAAUGGGAUCGACUGACAUUGGUAAUGUUAGCGAUCCCAACAUCAUGUCUGGUAGGGUUUUCUCUCCUUCCAUUGUACCUGGAAUGCAAUGGAGGCCCGGAAGUUCCUUUCAGAAUCAAAAUGAACUGGGGCAAUUCCGUGGAAGAACUGAAAUCGCUCCGGAUCAGAGGGAGAAAUUUUUGCAGAGAUUUCAGCAGGUACAACAACAACAAGGUCAGAAUAACAUUCUCAACAUGCCCACACUUGGUGGUGGAAACCACAAGCAGUUCUCCUCCCAGCAACAGAAUCCACUAUUAACACAGUUCACUUCUCACAGCCCAUCUGUGUUACCUCAACAUGGCUUGGGUUUUGCAACCCAAGCAGCUAAUGCUAAUAGUGCUCCGUCUCCUGCAUCAUCACAACAACACCCUGGUGUGAUCCAUCAACCAACUAACCAACACAAUUUGAUAUCAACAGCAUCUAGAGAUUCUGAAGUCAGUCAUCCAAAAGGAGAAGAGUGUCACCAACAACAUGCCCUUCCUGAAGAUUCUGUAGAUGCUGCUCCAUCCCCUGGCCCUGGGAAGAAUGAGGAUGAUUUGAAGGUUUAUGCAUCAGAUGCGCCCAAUCUAUCACAGAGUGGAGUUAGCAGCAGCAAUUUUGCAGAGCAAUCACAAAUGCCACGGGAUACAGAUCUCUCUCCUGGUCAACCAUUCCAAUUGAAUCAACCAUCAGGAAACCUUGGAGUCAUUGGCCGCAGAAGUGUUUCAGAUCUUGGUACGAUCGGUGAUAACUUGAGUUCGUCACCUUCUUCUAAUUCUGGAGGAUUGUAUGACCAGUUACAUAACUUGCAAAUGCUCGAGUCUGCUUUUCACAAGCUUCCUCAACCUAAAGAUUCAGAGCGUGUUAAGAGUUAUAGUCCGAAACAUCCAGUAUUGACACCUCCAAGCUACCCCCAAGUUCAGGCACCCAUUGUUAAUAACCCUGCCUUCUGGGAACGCCUUGGAGCUGAUAACUUUGGCACUGACACCUUAUUCUUUGCUUUUUACUACCAACAGAAUACUUAUCAACAAUACCUUGCUGCAAAGGAGCUGAAGAGACAAGCUUGGAGAUACCACAGGAAGUACAACACUUGGUUUCAGCGGCAUGAAGAACCGAAAAUAGCUACUGAUGAUUACGAGCAGGGGACUUAUGUUUACUUUGAUUUCCAUAUAGCCAAUGAUGAACAGCAUGGAUGGUGCCAGAGGAUCAAGACGGAGUUCACAUUUGAAUACAAUUAUCUUGAAGAUGAUCUCAUGGUUUAAAAUCUUCUUGAAAAGUUCAUGAUAAUUCGCUGUUGGCUUUUGCUGUUCUGCGUGAUUGAGCUGUUAAAAGUGUCUGAAAUGUUUGGAUUCUGCAAAAGAGAAACUUCUUUAUCAAGCCUCUAUCACUAGGGCCUAUGAGUAUAUGACAUGACCCUAAAUUCAAAAAGGGCCUCUACGCCCUCUAGUCUUAGGUCAAGUAAUAUUUUUUUUCCCAAAAGGAUUGAGUUUUGAAUAUAUUAAUGUACUCCAUAUUAUAUCCAUCUGCUGUUUCAUGUGUGAA